AGCAGUGCCAUGUGGAGGAUGCAGGUAGUGCUGGGCCACCUUUCUGGCAGUCCGGAGUCUGGCCCCUCGCUGCAGGCUGCGCAGUGCCUCGGUGGCUUCCCGCAGGCUGCGGCCGAGGACGUGGUGGUGGUGCACGGACGACGCACGGCCAUUGGCCGAGCUGGCCGCGGCGGCUUCAAGGACACCACCCCCGAUGAGCUGCUGUCAGCUGUCUUGAGCGCGGUUCUCCGGGAUGUGAAUCUGAAUCCCAAACAGCUAGGAGACAUCUCCGUGGGAAAUGUGCUUCAGCCUGGGACUGGGGCCAUCAUGGCUCGGAUUGCCCAAUUCCUGAGUGGCAUUCCAGAGACUGUGCCUUUGUCCACUGUCAAUAGGCAGUGCUCAUCUGGGCUGCAGGCAGUGGCCAAUAUAGCUGGUGGCAUAAGAAAUGGGUCUUAUGACAUUGGCAUGGCCUGUGGGGUGGAGUCCAUGUCCCUGUCUGGGAGAGGAAGGCCAGGAAAUUAUACUGUACGCAUGCUGGAGAAUGACAAGGCCAGAGACUGCCUGAUCCCAAUGGGGAUAACCUCAGAGAAUGUGGCUGAGCGAUUUGGUAUUACCCGGGAGAAGCAAGAUGCCUUUGCUCUGGCCUCCCAGCAGAAGGCAGCAAGGGCCCAGAGCAGAGGCUGUUUCCGUGACGAGAUUGUGCCUGUCACCACCACCAUUCGAGAUGACAAGGGCAAUAAGAAGAUCAUCACAGUGUCACAGGAUGAGGGCAUUCGCCCCAGUACCACCAUGGCAGGCCUGUCCAAGCUGAAACCUUCCUUCAAGGAUGGCGGCUCCACCACGGCAGGAAACUCUAGCCAGGUGAGUGAUGGAGCAGCAGCUGUCCUGCUGGCCCGGAGGUCCAAGGCAGAAGAGUUGGGCCUUCCCAUCCUCGGGAUCCUAAGGUCUUAUGCUGUAGCUGGGGUCCCACCUGACAUCAUGGGCAUUGGACCUGCCUAUGCCAUUCCUAUAGCACUGGAAAAAGCAGGGCUGACAGUAAAUGAUGUGGACAUCUUUGAGAUCAAUGAAGCCUUCGCAAGCCAGGCUGUCUACUGUGUGGAAAAGCUUGGCAUCCCUCCUGAGAAACUAAACCCUCUAGGGGGCGCAGUGGCUCUGGGCCACCCCCUGGGUUGCACAGGAGCACGACAAGUCAUUACACUGCUCAACGAGCUGAAGCGCCGUGGAAAGAGGGCAUACGGCGUGGUAUCCAUGUGCAUGGCAACUGGAAUGGGAGCUGCUGCUGUGUUUGAGUACCCUGGGAACUGAGGGACUGGCUCCAGGCUGUACCCAGACAUCCUCUCUGGAUGCCAGAGAGAGACGCUACAGAAGCAAGUUCAGAUGACACUUCAGCACUGGUAGUAUGGGAAGAACAGAUAAAUUAAGGCAUUUUACAAUGUUUGAAAAUGUGAACACUGGUGAUACAGUACAGGAACAGGUGGAAGCUUGGCUGAACCUCUCAAGAUUCUCCUGAUCUGGGGCAAAAGCCAGUGUGGAUUACAAGGCCACAGGAGUUGUGUUAACUCCUGAGUGAUGGAAACCCUUAAAUCAGGGGUACAAUGGACGAAAUAAAUUCUGUCUCCUCCUA